UGAGUGUAUGGUAUACCUUCUUCCACCCUCUCUCUGACUCCAGACUAGUCUCUCGUUUCCACCAAUCUCUUCCUACCCGUUGGAGUUCCUGCUACACUCACCAUCCGCCCCUCGCCACAAGCAAAGUACAGAACAUGUGCGAAUACACAUACUCAUGGUACCGCUGCAACCACUCCUACUACAUCUGGCAAGACUCCAUCGAAAUCUGUACCAAUCGUUUCCUAUCAAGUUAUUCCUGUGAUGCUUGGUCAAUAGACAUGUGUAAAGAACAUGUUGCUACUUGCACUGGGUUUAUAGAUUAUUACUGUCAUGAAUGCUCUGAGGAUUAUACACUCGAGUGGGAUUUGGAGGAGUAGGAGAUGAAACUGGCCUUUGCAUCUAUGUUGGCGUUUGUCCUAGGAGUUGUGAUUUGAGCAUUUUUGGGUAACCAGGUUAAGCAUUGGAUGAGAAAUUUGUGCGGAUCAUAGAUUUGGCGUAGGAUCUUGCAUAUGUCUGGUUAUAUUACAUUCUGGCCGUCUCUCGGCAGACGAGGCUAUUCAGUC